UUUACCUACCACGACUGCAGUCUAGGUAGACGCCGCAACGAUGGGUUUCGACUCUACCCAGACCAAGUCGCACGCUGGCGGACUGCAUCCUGGCAGCGACUCGGACGCUCAGUCUUUGCAUCAUGAUGGGACUAUUGAAGAACCUCAGAUCAACGUCGGCGGACAUGGAGGGACGCAACGGAGACUGCGUGACUACCAGGUUACCAUGAUUGGGUUUUCGUCGGGGAUUGGAACCGGUCUCUUCAUCGGCACAGGCUCAGCAUACGCCCAAGCCGGUCCAGCAGGUCUCCUCCUCGCGUACCUCAUCGUCGGAGCAAUCCUCUGGUGUGUGAUGCAAAGCAUCGCCGAGUUGGCCACAUUGUUCCCCACCGCCGGCUCCUUCCCCCACUGGGCCACCCGCUUCAUCGACCCCUCCGUUGGCUUCUCCCUCGCCAUCUCCUACGGCUACUGCUACACGAUCGCCAUCGCCUCCGAAGCCUCCGCCUCCGCCAUUAUCGUUUCCUACUGGACUUCCCUUACCCCAGCCGUCGUCAUCACCGUGUCCCUCGCUCUCAUCCUCUUCAUCAACCUCAUGGACGUCCGCUGGUUCGGUGAAUCCGAAGUCAUUGCGGGAUCGAUCAAAGUCCUCUGCUUCCUUGGCCUCGUGUUCGUCGCUAUAGUCAUCACGGCGGGAGGCGCGCCAAAUGGCGAAGCAAUCGGUUUCCGGUACUGGAAUAAUCCCGGUCCAUGGGUCAAUUACAACGACAUCACCGGCUCGACAGGCCACUUCCUCGGCCUCCUGAGUGCCUUCGUCAACGCCUCCUUCUCCUUCAUCGGCAUCGAAACCGUUGUCAUCUCCGCCGCCGAGUCUGUCAACCCGCACCGCGCCAUUCCCCGCUCCGCCUCCCUUGUCACCUACCGCAUCGGAUUCUUCUACAUCCUCGGCGCCCUGCUCAUCGGUCUAAUCGUUGACCCCCGCAACCCCGACCUCGUCUCCGGCACCGGAAACGCCAAAUCCUCCCCCUGGGUCAUCGCCAUCAACGAAGCGGGAAUCGUCGCCUUACCCUCCAUCGUCAACGCCUGCAUCCUCAUCUCCGCUUGGUCAGCCGGAAACUCCUACUGCUGGGUCGGCGCCCGUAUCAUCCUCGCCAUGACGACUGAUCGCCAGCUCCCCCAAUUCUUCGGUAAGACCUGGAAAAAUGGCGUGCCGUGGGUGGCGGUCCUCACAUCCUGGCUCUUCGGACCGCUCGCAUACCUCUCCCUCGGAUCAGGCGGUGCAUCGCAAGCUUUCGCCUGGCUCCUCAACCUCUCCACCGUCGCAGGUCUGAUCGCCUGGGCGACACUGUGCUUCACCUACAUCCGCUUCUUCCGCGGCUUGAAAGCGCAAAACAUCUCCCGCGACAGUCUACCCUGGAAAGGACCCUUCCAACCCUACACCGCCUGGUUCGGGUUCAUCGGUAGCGUGAUCAUCACUCUCGUGGCGGGCUUCCCAGUGUUCUUGAAGGGCAACUGGAGCACGUCGAACUUCGUGGCGAGUUACGUCGGCAUCCCCAUCUUUAUCGUUCCGAUUAUCGGGUGGAAAUUGUGGCAUCGGACCAAGUUAGCGAGGGCGGACACGAUGGAUAUGUGGAGUGGGAGAUUGAGGGAGCAGGAUAAAGUGGAUGUCGAGCGGCCUGCGGGGGCGACGAAGAAGUAUCUCGGAUGGGUGUGGUAG